AUGUUUCUUCAACAUGUCCUAGGAAAACGCUGGUACGGCUUUGAUUUGGAUGACACACUUCACGAAUUCCGACGAGCCUCAACCCACGCCUCAACCCACGUCUUCGAGGCAAUCCACUCUUCAAAUCCCCAGAUCAGCAUUGAUACCCUCAAAGCCACAUACAGUGAAAUUUUGCGCCUCACGACUGCCAAUGCCUUCACAGAUGGCAGAACUUCAAUCGAGUAUCGACGUGAACGAUUUGGGCGCCUUCUCCAGGUACACGGGCUGAUGGGCCUCAAUCACUUCCUCGGGCCUGGCAACCUUCUACUGGAUCGUCUGUUGGAUCUAUAUCGGGAUUCUCUGCGCCAAAGUCUCGCACUGAAACCUGGUGUUUUGCAGCUUUUACAGACUCUCAGAUACUUGGGGAAGCGGGUCAUUGUCAUUACCGAGGGGCCAGCGGAUGCACAAGAGUGGACGGUUCAUGAACUGGGGCUAUGGCGGUAUAUUGAUGUGCUUGUUACGACAAAUGAAAUUGGCAGAUCGAAAGUGGAUGGGAUGUAUGGAAUUGUCUUGGAGAAGUAUGGGAUACCCUCGGGGGACAUUGUUUACUUCGGUGAUAAUGAGCGUCGUGAUGUUCAAGCUGCACGAGAGGAGGGAAUAUUGGCCGUGCACUAUGACGAAAAACAGGAAUCUCAAUUGGAUGAUAUCAAUACAUUACGGGUGAAUUCGUGGGCUGUGGUACAAACAGUACUCGUCCGUGGAGAGUAA